CUACAAGUGUGUUCCGCCAAUACAACCCGACGGAUAAAUGGCGUUUUCGAAUGGUUUGUCACUUCCUCUCGUGACGUCACCGUGUUUGUGUUGCGCGCUGGCACACUGACAGAUUAGCUGCAAACCUGCGGCUGUUUUCAUUUCUUGCAGGUUCUUUUAACACUUAAUCGUCUUCGAUUACAUACUUUGCGUUUUGCUUUUGUUUUAUUCGAGCACUUGCGCCUAAGGAGAUCCAGAGCCAUCUCAUUUUGGUGUGGCGUCACCCGGUCUGGGUGAAAUGUCCUUUAGUUCCACAUGAGCUCUACUAUGUGGUACAUCAUGCAGAGUAUUCAGAGCAAAUACUCAUUGUCGGAAAGGCUCAUUCGAACCAUAGCUGCCAUUCGCUCCUUCCCACAUGAUAAUGUGGAAGACCUUAUACGCAGGGGAGCAGAUGUGAACCGGAUGCAUGGCACGCUGAAGCCCCUGCACUGUGCCUGUAUGGUGGCUGAUGCUGAUUGUGUGGAGCUUUUGCUGGAGAAAGGUGCCGAGGUAAACGCCUUGGAUGGCUACAACCGCACUGCCCUGCAUUACGCAGCGGAGAAGGAUGAGGGUUGUGUGGAGCUGCUUCUAGAAUACGGGGCCCAGCCAAAUGCUCUGGACGGCAACAAGGAUACGCCACUGCACUGGGCUGCCUUCAAAGAUAACCCCGAGUGCGUACGGGCCCUAUUAGAGAGCGGCGCGUGCCCGAAUGUCCGGGAUUACAAUAACGACACACCCCUCAGUUGGGCAGCCAUGAAAGGCAACCUGGAGAGUGUCCGUGUGCUGCUAGAGUACGGCUCUCAAGUCCACGUCACCAACCUAAAGGGCCAGACGCCCAUCUCGCGGCUGGUGGCGCUGCUGGCUCGGGGCCUGGGCACGGAGCAGGAGGAAGAGUGCCUGGAGCUGCUUUGCCGCGCCGCGGGGAGGAUCGAGAUCCGCAGGGCCGACGGCUCUUUACCACGUGAGCUCAGUAAAGAUCCUCAGUUACUGGCUCGACUCACUAGCCUCGUAGCCCAACCGCCCUCGUUACGAGCGUUGGCGCGCUGCACCGUUCGUAACAGCCUGGGAGUUCAGUACCUCCCAUCUGCGGUGAAACAGCUCCCGCUUCCAGAGUCAGUGAAAGAAUAUGUGCUCCUCAGAGACUGAGCGAGAAGACUGUCCUUAAUGUCAGACGUGGAGGAGGUAGAUGUCUUCCGUGUACGUGAACAUGUGAUUGUAAUCAGACUGCAAUCUGAAGUGUGUCUGUCCAUAUACAGUGGGUGAAGAAGUGAGGAAGGUUCAUGUUUCUUUUGUUGCUAUAAUGUCAUCAAGCAAAUUCAGACUUUGGUUGCAGUACAAUUAUGUGCUUUGGUGCAGAGAAAUACUGAUCAGGUAGGAGAGAGAUAAUGCACUUAUGAACCCAUAAUGUUAAAAAAUCAGUAGAUAAUAUGUGAAACACUCUAAUUGCAAAAACAAGAAAAUAAUGAAAAAAUAUGAUUUACCAGUAAAUCCUAUGUACACACAAAUAACACUUUAACAGCACUUAUAAGUUAUAAUUAUAU